GCCCUGAACCUCCGUUUCGAUAGCCCUGAACUAGUCUCUUCGCUUAUUCCCCCUUCUCUCUCUCUCUGAAGCGUCCUUACCCAAACCCUAACCUAGAGGUACACGAUGAUCGCUGAUCAUUUGAAUCCCUCCAAUGUUUAAUCAAGGUUCUUCAAUCUUUUAAUAAUCUCUUUUCAAUUUCGGCUUAUCGGAAUCUCAACCUUCGAAGUUGCCGAGUUUUUCUUUGAAGAUCGACCGGUCGUGGGAUUCGGUUUCUGAAGAUUUAUUAUUUGUUCGAGUUUUAGAAGAUCUGGAUCGGCGAACAAUUGAUUUUUCGAAGCCAUUUUUCUAAUAAAAGAAAUCGAAGGGUUCCUGUUGAAUUUGAUCAAGAUCUAUGACCAAGGGGCUUUUUUGUAAUUCGCUUGGCUUUGCCCUACUCUAAUUCGAAACUUCUGGUUUCGCUGACAAAUUCGGAAUUCGGCGAUUCUUUGAAUGUCGUGGAGAAAUUGUCCGGGUUAAUUUCUUGAAGAGAGCUUCGGAUUUUGCAUCGGAGAAGAAUCGACGAGUUUGGUUCGGUUUCUCUUAGAAUAUAAGAAAAAAAAAAGAAAUUUUUGUACUGGUUAUAUUUGUUUUCUUUUUUGAGUGAAUAUCAGGCCUUAAUUUUUUUUAAAGGCCAAUAAAUAAGUUCAUUACAGUAUUAAACUUUUUUUGUGUUCAUUAUUAUUAUUUUUAAGAGGAAAAAAGGAAAAAAAUGGCUGUUUAUUACAAGUUUAAGAGUGCAAGAGAUUUUGAUUCAAUUGCCAUGGAUGGUCCGUUUAUAAGCGUUGGUACUUUGAAAGAAAAAAUAUUCGAAUCAAAGCACUUGGGCAGGGGUACCGACUUCGACCUUGUUGUCACUAAUGCCCAAACUAACGAAGAAUAUCUUGAUGAAGCAAUGUUAAUCCCGAAAAAUACUUCUGUACUAAUUCGCCGGGUUCCUGGAAGGCCUCGCAUGCCCAUUGUUGCUGCACAAGAGCCUAAGGUGGAAAAUCAGAUUGAAAAUGCUCAACCAGAAAAGAGUAACCUCCUGGAUGCUGAUGCAACUGUUGCAAAAUAUCCUGAAGACUCCGAAUGGGAUGAAUUUGGGAAUGAUUUGUAUUCAAUCCCUGAAACACUGCCAGUGCAGUCAAGCAAUCCACUUCCUGAUGCUCCUCCUACGAAUAAAGCUGAUGAGGACAGCAAAAUUAAGGCUUUAAUUGAUACUCCUGCCUUGGACUGGCAGCGCCAAGGUGCGGAUGGUUUUGGACCUGGUAGAGGCUUUGGAAGGGGUAUGGGUGGGAGGAUGGGUGGGCGUGGUUUUGGUCGAUUAGGAUUGGAGCGCAAAACACCUCCUCAGGGUUAUGUUUGUCACCGCUGUAAGGUGCCUGGGCACUUUAUUCAGCACUGCCCCACAAAUGGUGAUCCAAACUAUGAUAUCAAAAGGGUAAAGCCUCCAACUGGCAUUCCAAAGUCAAUGCUAAUGGCAACUCCAGAUGGCUCUUAUGCAUUGCCAAGUGGAGCAGUUGCAGUUUUGAAACCCAAUGAGGCUGCUUUUGAGAAAGAAAUUGAGGGCUUACCUUCCACUCGGUCUGUUGGUGACCUUCCGCCUGAACUCCAUUGCCCAUUGUGCAAGGAAGUGAUGAAAGAUGCUGUUCUAACUAGCAAAUGUUGUUUCAAGAGUUUUUGCGAUAAAUGUAUAAGGGACCACAUUAUCUCAAAGUCAAUGUGCGUAUGUGGGGCAACAAACAUACUCGCCGAUGAUCUUUUGCCAAAUAAGACUCUAAGAGAUACAAUUAAUCGUAUAUUGGAGUCUGGUAACAGCAGUGCUGACAAUGCUGGAAGCACUUUUCAAGUUCAAGAUAUGGAGUCUGCCCGGUGUCCACAACCAAAAAUUCCAUCUCCUACUACAUCUGCUGCAUCAAAGGGAGAGCAGAAGCCAGUAUCUGCUAAGGAAGAAAGUCCUAAUGUGAAGGAUAAAGCUAAUGAGGUGAAGGCAGCUAUUCUGCCACAGCAGGUUGUGGAGAAAGUGAAGAUUGCUAAACCUGCUGAUGCAUCUGAGGCUACACUGGAGUCGAUGAGUGUGAAGGAGCCUGCAUCACAAGGGAGUGCCCCACUUGCAGAGGAAGAAGUGCAACAGAAGGUGGUUUCUGGAGAGGCAGGAAAGAAAAAGAAAAAGAAGAAGGUUCGUUUGCCAGCAAAUGACUUGCAGUGGAAAACCCCUCAGGAUCUUGCAGCUGAGAACUAUAUGAUGUCUAUGGGUCCCUCUGCCUAUAAUCCUUACUGGGCUGGCAUGCAGCCUGGGAUGGAUGGGUUUAUGGGUCCUUAUGCUGGUGCAAUGCCCUAUAUGGGGGGCUAUGGACUAGGUCCAUUGGAUGUGCCAUUUGGAGCUGUCAUGCCUCCAGAUCCCUUUGGUGCUCAAAGUUACAUGUUUCCUCCUAUCCCACCUCAGAGAGAUCUUGCUGAGUUUGGAAUGGGUAUGAAUGUUGCCCCACCUAUCAUGAGUAGAGAGGAGUUUGAGGCUCGGCAAGCUGAUUUGAGGAGGAAGCGUGAAAAUGAGAGACGAGGUGAAAGGGAGUUCUCUAGAGAUCGGGAAUUCAGUAGAGAAGUGAGCAGCAGUGGUGAUGUUUCAUCAUUGAAGUCUAAAUCUAAGCCUAUCCCUCAAAUGUCAGGUGGUGACCAUCGCCAUGAACAUCUUCGGCACCGAUCAGAGAGGACCUCACCGGAACGCUCCUUGCGGGACCAUGACGCACCUCCCCGCCCUUUAAAGAGAAAAGCUGAUCAGCAUCAUGACCGUGAACGUGAUCAUGACUAUGACUAUGAUGAUCGUGACCGUGACCGUGAGCGCCAGCAUCAACAUCGAUCUGAAUCUUCCAAGCUUGCUCCUGAAACUGCCACCAAAGCCACUUCGACGACCACUACAUCAGCAAUGGAUAAGAAGCAAAAGGGUAGUGUGUUCUCUCGCAUUAGCUUUCCAGAAGGAGAAGUCAGCAAGAAACGCAAGCUAUCUUCUGAGGCACCUGUAUCUUCUGGCCAUCACAAGCCGUCUUCCAAUGGAUACUAUGAUGACUACAAGACUUCUUCAGCUGCCACCAAGGCAGUUUCUGCUACUAGUGGCGGUGCGAGGAAGAGCACUAGUAGCAAUGCUGUAGAUUAUGAGUCUAGUGACGAUGAUAGACAUUUCAAAAGGAAGCCCUCAAGGUAUGAGUCCUCACCGCCACCAUCAGCUGAGUGGGAAGAAGAACCGCGGCACUCAAGAGGGUCCAGGGAACGAGAGCGUAGCAGCUAUAGUAAACAUAGAUAGAAUAUAGAGCAGGUUGUAUCGCUGGUUGCUGUAGCAUCAGCGUAUGCCCUCGAGGAGCUAUCGCAUACUGUUGCACCAAUAUAGCCCUAAUGGGAGAAAUUAUGUGGAGGGAUGAUACAAAUAUUUUUUGCUUUGUAUUUACAAUCCUAGUAUCUUCAAUAAUUAUAAAAUUAUUGUGUUCUAAAUUCUAUCGGU